AUGAGCUUAGCACUCGUCCAAGGCUACUCUUCCUCCGACGAAGAAGAACAACCCCACAACGGCCUCCAUUACCACAUCUCAUCCGACUCCGACGACGACGGCGAAGUCCUCGCCAAACCCGCAGCAUCCUCCUCCGUCUACUACGAGCCGUCCCUCCCCAUCUCCUCCAAUGCCUCUACCCUCCCGUCCGCUUCCGACGUUUUCUCCGAGAUCUCGGGACCGCCUGCUUUUCUGAACAAGUGCGUCCAAGUAUACGCUCCCCAGCCAGUGAUGCAUGCUUCCCGCCACAACAAGCAUCGCAGGGACAACAAGAAACACAUGCCUCCUCCUGGUGCAGUAGUGGAGUCCAAAGCUAAUUUAGUAGGAAUCCAUGAACGAGUAAGAAGUGAUCUUGAUGGUAAACAACCUCGAACUUCAGCCGAUACAAGCACAAAUCAAGGAGGCAAGCGUGUGGCAACUGCAACAAAUCCCAGUGCCGAGGAUGCUGCAGCGCUUCUUAGGAUGUGUUUGCAAUGUGGAAUACCCAAGACCUACUCCAAUGCACGCGGGAUGGUCUGCCCAGCAUGUGGUGAUCGGCCUGUAGACGCAAUCGAUGACUCCAAGAAGAAGGGUUCUGCAAUCAAAGAUAAGGAAAAGAAUAAGAGGAUGAAAGGACAGUCAUCUCAUGCUACAUGGAAAAGUGAAACUGAAAUGCAGCUUCGACAGCAAUUUGAUUAGUAGGACUAUCUCAGGUAUUACCUGGAACGGAAUAGCAUAUCCUUUCGUAGUUUUUAUUGUUGUAUCCAAGUAGCCACAAUCAGUAGAUAGUCUGCCAAAAGUGCAUUGGGUGAAUGUUAUGUAUGCUAUGCUCCGGUAUCGUUUCAAGAUCUGUACUUCUCUUUAUACCAAUUACUAAUAACUCUCCUGUUUCUAAGCUUGUGAAAUGUCAAAACUGACUCGCUUCUUUAACUUUAUC